CAAAACAUUUUCCGUGUCCCUGAUUGGUCGGUUUCACGCAUGCCGUCUUUUCCACAGCGAACCUUCAGCAAAGAGGUCGACUGUGCGUUUUCGAUUUCUUUUCUCUUGAAUUAUCCCGGGAAUCGUAGUGAUAUUCCCGUAUUAAAAUGGUCCAGAAGAAACCUAAAAGGAAGGUCGGAAAGAAGGUGGCGGCAGCCCCUCUCGCCGUAAAGAAAGUCGAGGUGAAAAAAGAGGUUAACCCUCUUUUCGAAAAGAGGCCAAGGAACUUUGGUAUCGGGCAAGAUGUGCAGCCCCCAAGAGACUUGUCUCGCUUUGUCAAAUGGCCCAAAUACAUCAGGAUCCAGAGGCAAAAGGCUGUGCUCCAAAAGAGGUUAAAGGUACCACCACCGAUCAACCAAUUCACCCAGACUUUGGAUAAGCAAACAGCCACCCAGUUGUUCAAGCUUUUGGAGAAGUACCGUCCCGAGACUGCCCUGCAAAAGAAGAAUAGGUUGAAGGCCAAGGCUGAAGCCAAAGUAGCCAAAAAAGAGGAGGCCCCAACCAAGAAACCCAACACCUUAAGGGCUGGCACCAACACCGUGACCAAAUUGGUCGAGCAAAAGAAGGCCCAGUUGGUCAUUAUUGCCCACGAUGUUGAUCCGAUUGAGUUGGUUCUUUUCUUGCCCGCCCUAUGCAGGAAAAUGGGUGUACCAUACUGCAUUGUCAAAGGAAAGGCACGUUUAGGUCUCUUGGUGAGGAGGAAAACUUGCUCGGCGGUGGCCCUCACUCAGGUCGACUCCGGCGACAGGUCGAACUUCAACAAACUGGUGGAGGCGAUCAAGACCAACUUUAACGACCGCGCGGAGGAGAUCAGGAAACACUGGGGCGGCGGCCUGUUGGGGUCCAAAUCGGCCGCCAGAGUCGCCAAGAUCGAGAGGGCGAAGGCCAAGGAGUUGGCCCAGAAACAGGGUUGAGCUGAUGAUUUUUUGUGAGACACUGUGGUUUUUAUAUAAUAUAAUAAGUUAUAAGUUGA